CAGCCAGCCUCGUAGGCUCGUAGCCGUGACGCAAGACAGCCAAGAGCCCAAGAGAGAAUACAGUCAGUAGACUCGGGCUUAGUAGAGUAUACAGGCUUGUUCAAUCAGUUCGUGUUGAGGCGUCAGUGAGCAAAGACCGUGCAUCACCUACUCUGGUUUAUAAGUAGCUCGUGGACAGUGUUUCCAUAGUUACUUCGUCUCUCGUCACCAUGGCCCCGGGACCUACUGGAUGUCUGAGCAGAGAUGCUCCCGAUAUUGAGAAUGUCCUGUCGCUGAACCCACGAGUGACGACUCAUGCCACCUUCCAGCCAUCCUCAGUCACGAAAGCAAACAAGAAGCACUGGAAGAGGAACAAGGCUAAAGAUUGUGCGAGCCACUGCAGUUUGGAGAAGAAUUUCGACGACAUCAAACACACGACCCUGAGCGAACGAGGCGCCCUGAGGGAGAGUGCCCGUUGCCUCAAGUGUGCCGAUGCCCCGUGCCAGAAGUCCUGCCCCACGCAACUCGACGUUAAGCAGUUCAUCUCCUGCAUCGCUAAUAAAAACUACUAUGGCGCCGCCAAGAUGAUAUUCUCCGACAACCCAUUAGGCCUAACCUGUGGAAUGGUGUGCCCGACGAGUGACCUCUGCGUCGGGGGCUGCAACCUCUACGCCAGCGAAGAGGGCCCUAUCAACAUCGGCGGCCUCCAGCAGUUUGCUACUGAUAUCUUUCGGCAGAUGGACGUUCCUCAGAUCCGUUCGCCAGACCUUCCCAAAGACCUCCCUGAAAGCUACGCAGCGAAGAUCGCCCUCAUUGGUUGCGGUCCAGCCUCUGUGUCAUGCGCCACUUUCCUCGCGCGUCUCGGCUACGACAACGUGGACGUCUUCGAGAAGAGGGAGUACGUCGGCGGGCUGAGCUCCUCCGAGAUUCCCCAGUAUCGGCUCCCUUACGAGGUGGUCAAGUUCGAGGUGGAUCUCAUGAAGGAUCUGGGAGUCAAGGUCCAUCACGGACGCCAGUUGUCCGUGUCGGAUAUCACCGUCAAGGGACUCCAAAACGAAGGGUAUGAGGCUAUUUUCGUUGGCAUCGGUCUCCCGCAACCAAAAAAGAUCGGCAUCUUCGCUGAUCUGACAAUCGAUAUGGGAUUCUACACAAGUAAAGAUUUCCUGCCUCUUGUCACAGCCGGCAGUAAGCCAGGAAUGUGCGCAUGUAAAGGUCAGCUUCCAGCUAUUCGAGGUAUUGUGCUGGUGCUAGGUGCUGGCGACACCGCCUUUGACUGCGCUACGUCUGCCCUCCGGUGUGGAGCUAAACGUGUGUUUGUCGUCUUCAGGAAGGGUUUUACCAACAUACGAGCUGUGCCGGAGGAGAUGGAAUUGGCGCGCGAGGAAAUGUGUGAAUUUCUUCCUUUCCUUUCCCCCCGCAAAGUCAUCACGAAGAACGGACGCGUUGCAGCCAUGGAGUUCGCUCGUACCGAACAGACUGAAGACGGAACGUGGAUCGAGGACGAUGAACAAAUUGUCAGGCUCAAGUGCGAUUAUAUCAUCUCGGCCUUUGGCUCAGGUCUAUCGGACAAUGAUAUCACUGCCGCACUAUCCCCUCUGAAGUUCAAUCGAUGGGGCCUACCGGAAGUCGAUCCUAAAACAAUGGCCUCGAGUGAGCCAGGAGUGUACUGCGGUGGCGAUAUUGCAGGCGUUGCUGAGACCACCGUGGAAAGUGUCAAUGAUGGCAAGACAGCUGCGUGGAAUAUUCAUAAGUAUUUGCAGUCUUUGCAUGGGUUGUUUGUACCAGAAAAACCUCAGCUGCCUAAGUUCUAUUCACCAAUUGAUGAAGUUGACCUCUCCGUUACGAUCUGCGGUAUCAAGUUCCCCAAUCCCUUUGGCCUAGCAUCUGCCCCACCAACAACAGCAUCUGCGAUGAUACGAAGAGCGUUUGAGGCUGGCUGGGGAUUCUGUGUAACAAAAACCUUUGCUCUGGACAAGGACAUUGUAACCAACGUAUCCCCUCGAAUUGUGAGGGGAACUACAUCCGGCCAUAUUUAUGGACCAGGCCAGGGCUCUUUCCUCAACAUAGAACUUAUUUCAGAAAAGACUUGCGCUUAUUGGCUGCAGAGUAUCACAGAGUUGAAGAAGGAUUUCCCAGAUAAGGUACUCAUUGCCAGUAUUAUGUGCAGUUACAAUGCGGAGGACUGGACAGAACUGGCAAAGAAGGCAGAAGAGGCAGGUUCUGAUGCUUUAGAACUAAAUUUGUCUUGUCCCCACGGCAUGGGAGAACGUGGUAUGGGAUUAGCUUGUGGUCAGGAUCCAGAGCUUGUAAGAAAUAUUUGCCGGUGGGUGAGAGCUGCAACUACCAUUCCCUUCUUUGCUAAACUGACCCCAAAUGUCACCAAUAUUGUUGCUAUUGCUGCAGCUGCUUAUGAUGGUGGUGCUGAUGGUGUGACAGCUACUAAUACUGUAUCUGGACUGAUGGGACUCAGACCAGAUGGAUCUGCAUGGCCGUCAAUAGGAAAAGAGCAAAGGACAACAUACGGUGGUGUUUCUGGCAAUGCUAUCCGCCCUAUUGCUCUCCGUGCUGUAACUGCCAUCGGACGAGCUUUGCCCGACUUCCCUAUACUGGCUACUGGUGGUAUUGACUCGGCUGAUGCAGGGCUUCAAUUUUUGUUAGGAGGAGCAUCUGCUUUGCAGAUUUGCAGCUCAGUUCAAAACCAAGACUUCACUGUUAUUGAGGACUAUAUCCUUGGCCUUAAAGCGCUCCUCUACCUACGUUCACUGGAAUCUAAGAAAACAUGGAUGGGACAGUCUCCUCCAACGGGAAAACAUCAACUAGGAAAACCAGUAGUUGCCCUCAGUGACAUGAUUGGCAAAAAACUUUCAAACUUUGGCCCAUAUCUUCAAGAAAAAGAAAAGUUGAUAACAGAUCACAAGAGAAAUGCAGACAUACUGGAGCCACAACCACAAGAAAGAAUCAUUUCUGCACCUAAAUAUGGGGUUCCAACUUUGCAAGACUUGAUAGGCCUUGCAUUGCCUAUGGUAGGAACCUAUGGAGACUUGGACAACAAACAACAAAAGGUCGCGCUGAUUGAUGAAGACAUGUGCAUAAACUGUGGAAAGUGUUAUAUGACUUGUAAUGAUUCCGGAUACCAGGCCAUCACUUUCGAUCCAGAAACUCAUCUAACUCACGUCACUGAUGAUUGCACGGGAUGCACCCUUUGUGUCUCUGUGUGUCCCAUCAUUGACUGCAUACGGAUGGUCGACAGAAAAGGCCCCUACAUUCCAAAGAGAGGGAUCCCUCUCGACACUGGAGUAGUUCCUCGUCUCCCUGCCGUUGCCCCAGCUGAAUUGUCUUCUUCAUGAUCUAAACUUCAUUUUAUAGAAUAAUGCAAAUUAUUUUAAGUAUUUUAUAUUUUAAUAAUGCAAAAUAUUUUAACUAUUUGUUAUAUUCGUGUGCUACUGUGGGAUCGACGCGCUUACUGUAUUCGUAUACAUGAAGGUGUCAUGUCAUGUAUGAAUAAGAGGACUGCAUGUAUUUUUACAUUCGGCUGAUUGUGUUCGUUAGAUACUGGUAAAGACGAGAUGUUACCCAGGAAAUGGUCCAGUUUCCCAUACUGACCCCUGUAGGCACACUGUACUGUCAUAGCUACCUAAAAUAUUAACAAAACAGAGAGUUUAAAAAGAUAUAAAAAUAAAAAUAUAUUACCAUUGUCAUUGUGAUAUGUGACGAAAGAAUACUUUUGCCCUUCAAAAAAUGUACUUGGCAUGUAAUGCUGAUGGUAUUUCAGAAUGUAAGGUCCAAUGUUUUCAUAAUUUUCAUUUCAAGUUGAAAGGGCACUUUAUUUUAUUUUUUCAUAUUUUAUCAAUAUUCAUAUCAUUGUAAGCUGCAUGAUGAUGAUAAGAAUAGGGUAGAUUUAAAGAAAGAAAGAGGCACUGUUAGAAAGCCUAGAAUUAGCAAAUUCAAUGAAUUAAAAAAAAGUCUGGUGGAUAUAAAAUGGUCAAGCAAAAAUUUAACAAACAUUCACAACUUUACCUUGUAGGGGAAAAUUUUUUUGUAAAGCUAACCAGGCUUAUGGGUAAGGUUACUUACUGCAAAUACAAUGUAAUGAUGCGG